AUCUCUGGCAGGUGGUGUGUGCUUUAAAACCAUACAGUAGGCUAAUGUUUAGGACGAUAGGUGGGCAGUUAUAGGGACGCAAACACCAUUUAGCGCGUUCAUUUGUCGUCUUUUUGUUGCUAGUUUUGCGUCACGUGCCGUUACGUUUGCUUUAAAGUCGCCGGAAUCUCCGCGGACGGGAUGCACGUCGGGGUUUCCCUCUUUGAGCCAGACACUUUGUGUUUUACGGUCAGCGGCGGUGAAUUAAGACAACUGCUCCUUCAUCAUGCAGCUCCUGAAACAAGACGGAGAAGCCCUACAUGUUGAUUAUGUGUCGCCACCGGCGUGAGUCCGCAUGAGAGAAAACACCUCCAGGUCUCACACAUCCUGGAGCCGCCUCACCUCAUCCGCCGGGUUGUUGCAUUCAACAUGAUAUGUUGAUGAUAUUUAUAUAUAUAUUUUCUUUUUUUUGGAAGUGGUCGUGCCUUUUGUUUUCAUUUCGGGAGAUGUGAUGUGCGGAUCCGCGGACGCCACGCAACGCAAACGAGCGGACGUUGUGUUUUUUUGCUGCUUUGAAAAUGAGGAAGCGUUCUCAUAAAGACCCAGAAAAUGGCAAGACGGUCUCGUUGUCCGUGGGCCCGGAUUUGAGUAAAAUGAGAAGAAAAGGAGCAAAUGCAACAGCAGCAUGAGAUUCCCCCCCCCCCUCCCCCCCAAUAGAAUGACACCAAAGGAGGUGAAGCGGUGGAGGUAGAGAAGACGCAGCAUCAAUGAAGGCGAUCUGGACAAGUUUUGAGUCUCUCUUGAUGAACAGAAGUACUUUGCAACUCGAUAGCUGAUCGUUUCCACAAUAUUAAAAUAUAUAUUUUUUUUCUGGCUUUGAGGGAUUUUCUAAUUCACUCUCUAUUUUCGCAUUGCAUUUGUUAUCUUUUUCACUAUUUUUUUAUUAUUAUUAUUAUUUUUUUUUUUUAAUACUUUCGAUCCGGAUCCAGCCCUGACUAUUCAAUGGAAGUAUGUUAUCAGCUGCCGGUUUUGCCUCUAGACAGGCUGGUUCCCAAGCAUGUCCUCAGCCGCAGGGGAGCCAUUAGUUUCAGCUCCAGCUCUUCUCUCUUCGGGGCUCCUGAUCCGAGACAGCUGUCACAGAGACGAGGGGCCAUCUCCUAUGACAGCUCUGACCAGACGGCGCUGUACAUUCGUAUGCUAGGAGAUGUGAGAGUGAGAAGUCAAGUUGGAUUUGAACCGGAACGAAGAAUCUCCCACCCGUACCUGUGCAUCGACUUCCGAACUCUUCACACACGGCUGGGCACGUCAGCGAGCACCGCUCCUGAAAGGAGGGUCCACAGACUGCUCAGCUUCCAGAGGUACCUGCACUCAUACCGUCUGCUGCGGGGAGUCCCCCAGCAGAUCCCCCUCCACAUCCUGGAUGAAGACUACACUGGACAGGCCAAAUGCAUGCUGGAAAAAGUUGGGAACUGGAAUUUUGACAUUUUCCUCUUCGAUAGGUUGACAAACGGAAACGGUCUGAUCACCCUGACCUUCCACCUGCUGAACCAGUAUGGCCUGGUGGAGCUCUUCCAGCUGGACAUGGUCAAACUGUGGAGGUUCCUGGUCAUGGUCCAGGAGGACUAUCACAGCGACAACCCCUACCACAACGCUGUCCACGCUGCCGAUGUCACACAGGCCAUGUACUGCUACAUGCGUGAACCCAUGCUUGCCAAAUCUCUGACCUCUUGUGACAUCAUACUUGGAAUCCUGGCAGCCGCCACACAUGACCUGGACCAUCCCGGGGUCAACCAGCCUUUCCUCAUCAAGACUGACCACUAUCUAGCUACACUCUAUAGGAAUAACUCAGUUCUGGAAAACCACCACUGGAAGUCAGCAGUGGGCCUGCUCAGAGAGACUGGGCUGUUCUCCCAUCUGCCUGCUGAGGACAGCCUGAACAUGGAGAGGGAGUUGGGCUCCUUAAUCCUGGCCACGGACAUCAGCAGGCAGAAUGAUUACCUGUCCAGGUUUCGCAGGCACCUGGAUCAAGAGAACCUGUGCUUGAGCAAUGCCAGCCACCGUCACUUCAUUCUGCAGAUGGCUCUGAAGUGUGCAGACAUCUGUAACCCCUGCAGACCCUGGGAGCUGAGCAAACGGUGGAGUGAGAAAGUGACUGAGGAGUUCUUCCAACAAGGAGACAUUGAGAAGAAGCACAGACUUGAAGUCAGCCCACUUUUUGACAGAGAGAUCAACACAGUUGGCAACAUUCAAAUAGGCUUCAUGACGUACAUGGCGGAGCCGCUGUUCGCAGAGUGGACCCGUUUCUCCGACACACGUCUGUCCCAGACCAUGCUGGGCCACAUGGGGCUAAACAAGGCCAGCUGGGUCGGCCUACAGCAGGAACAAACCUCCGUCUCCAAGGAGGCGGAGCCCAGCUCCGCCGACUCGGAAGGCGCCGCUGCCGCCGCCGCUCGGAGGGACAGCACCACCGCUACGGCCGCGGGAGGAACCAGCUCCAAAGAAAUACCUCAGGGAAGCAAAGAAUCCUGACACUCCUUGUGUGCCCUUUCAUCUCAACCUCCGGGCCCCGGCUUUUGGGGCCUCACCACACUGGGGGCCUGGUGGGACAUGCAGUGGCCCGCAGCCCAGCUGCUGCUGCCCCACCUGAUCCUGACACCUUCUUUAUGUUUUGUUGCUUAUGCCUCCCAUCUUGAUAAACCACUGAUUUUAUUUAAUUUAUUUAAUUUUUAACUCUUUUUUUGGCAUAGAGCAAUACAUAGAUACCUCAUUUGGCUACUGCUGUCAUUUAUUUAUUUGUCCACUAUAGUUUUGGCAUUACUGACUGAACACCACUUUUUGUUUGUGUUGGUGAACCUUAAGGGGAAAGCAGUAGAAGAGCUGAAGAAGACAUUUUCUUUUUUUUUUUUUCUGGUAUUUUGAAGUGCCAUUUGAAAACAAAGACUGAGACAACUGGAGUAUUCCGACACGAGACCCUCCUAAGACUUAAUGCCAUGUUGCAUUUGUAUUGAAGAUUCUUCCUCAAAAACAAAAAAAAAUGUGACAAGCCCGGUCCUUUUGCUGCCUCUACGAAGACUGUUUACGCAUUUUCUUGUUGUUUCUCUCCCUUGAAGUGAAGUGAAUCACAUCGGCUCCACGGUUUGCCUUCGAAGCACAGAUGUGAAGAACCACUCAUUUUUUUGAAUUGUCAUCCCACUGUUGAAGCCAUGAGCAGUACCUUAUUCAAACACACCAGAUGCCAUAAGUUACUCCGCCUGUGCUACAAUGUGUUCUUGCACUCUCGAAUAACGAUGACGUUGGAUGUGCAGCUGAGUCUCCGAGAGACCCCGUGAAGGUAUUGUAGACGUUAGUCGAUUCUUCCAGUGCUGGUUGAACUCGGGGGUAGCUUCCCUCCCAGACUGGAGAUCAGUUACUCACUGCACAUGCAUCUCACCUGGAACUCCACGCAACUCGACUCGCUCAGGGUUUUGCCAGUCUCUUAUAAAGAGGGAGAGGGGGGAGGAGGUGACUGCGGAUGAUGCAGGGUUGUUGUUGUUUUCCUGGCUAGGAUCUACUGAAGGAGACUCUCCCUCUCCGCAGAAUGUCUCUCACGGCCACAUGCAACCUAAAGGACUGCUCGAUUGAUGCCUUAUAACUAUGCACAAACUAUGCUAAGUGACCAAACCAGCUCCUGUUCCCAUCAAGUGCAUGGUGUGCUUGUCUUUGAAUGCACUGUCCGAUGAUCCCUUUGCCUUUUUGUUGUGAGGAACAACUCCAGCUGUCCUUUUUUUGUACGGAAACAAGAUGGUCGCGUGACUCUGAACAUUCCAUUUCUUCGUGUUUGGUUCGUCUACCUUGAUUCGAUAUAGUGCCACAAAUUGUGUUUUGAACAUUUUUGAAAGAUAACAGGUGCUUUUCUUACUUUGGCUGAUUUGUAUUUUUGCUGUAAGUGCUGUAAGACUGUUGAUAAAACUGUUUACAAUUUGUUGCGACAGCCAUUUUUGGGAAGACUUCAGUGUCGAGCCAGAUUUUGUAAAGGCUUUGCUGUAUUGACCUUUUUGAUACAUGCCUGUUGCAGUUUCGAUUUGAAUAAUAAAAACCUGUUAAAUUGU